UUGUUAACCGUGUGAUCUUUUGUUCCAGGGUCGAUGUAACCGGGAGAAGCCCCCCUGCAAGUACUUCCACCCACCGCAGCACCUCAAAGACCAGCUGCUCAUCAACGGCCGCAACCACCUGGCUCUCAAGAACGCCAUCAUGACUCAGAUCCAAGGACUCAGCCCGGGCACACCAGUCGUCCCAGGAACCAUACCUAUUGAACAAAUGCAACAGCACUAUUAUCCUUGCCACCACCCGUCAGCUCACAGUAGGCCACAGGAACAGAGAUCGUCCGCCCAUUACAGCAUUUACAACACCGCAAUUUCUCCAGAAAACGUUCCCAUAAUGCUCCCACAGCACAACUCGGCGCCCUACCUGGCCGGGAUCCCCACCGCCAGGCAACUUCAACCCGUACAUCGGCUCCCUCCCAGUCAUGACCAUGAGCAUGUCGGACGGCGCCGUGGCCUCGCCCAUCACCGGCGUGGUUCCCCAGCAGGUGGUCUCCGCCCAGAAGGUGCCAAGGACUGACCGGCUAGAGGUAUGCCGCGAGUUUCAGCGUGGCGCGUGCAAGAGACCUGAGCAGGAGUGCCGCUUCGCCCACCCGCCCGAUCACGUGAGCACGACAGACGAGGGCACUGUCACAGUUUGCAUGGACGCUAUCAAGAGCCGCUGUUCUCGUGACCCCUGUCGCUACUUCCACCCUCCCCCGCACCUCCAGGCCCAGCUCAGGGCGAGCCAGGGCCGCGCCGCACAACAACCCGUGGCUUUUCCCGGGAUGGGCGUGCCCUUCAAGCGUCCAGCUGGAGACAAGUCUGGUGUCCCCGUUUAUCAACCGACAGGGAGCGCAGCGUAUCAACAGGCUCUGAUGCAGCAACUGGGCAGCCAGAGCUUUGUGCCAGUGUCAUGUGAGUAUGGCGGGAGUGUGCCCCUGGCGGGGGUGGGGGGCCAGGCCGACAGCCAAGACACCACCGCCGCUAACAACCACGCUGCCGCUUCCUCCGCGCAACCCAUUUCCUCUUCCUCAUCCACUUCCACCUCUACCAUAACUAACUCCCCAACCUCUGGCAAAGCCGUUUAUUCCACCUCAAUAACGGCUAACAACUCUUCCUCCUCCACUUCCUCAUCCUCAUCCACUGGGGGAGGGGAACUAGUGCCUACAUCACCAGCGCCCAUGGGUCCACAACAGCCAGUUAAUGUGUUCUCAUACACAGGCUAUUCCCUUAGUAAGGGACUACGCCCACAGUUCAAGCCACCCACAACCCAUGCUCCAACUGUCAUGAGUCCUAUGGCACUGUCCUCUUUAGGCUUUACCCACCCUGGGAUGGCCACUGGAAAUAUGCCAGGUUUUAACUAUGGCAUUGGAUCACCCAUGGCCAACUUAAGUUUUUCACCAUAUGCCUCUAAUAGUCAACAGUUCAUAACACCAACUAUGACAAGUAGUGCUGCAGGAAUGGGACUGCCAGGCAUGAUGCAUGGCAUAGGUGGCUUGACUGCUGGGGUAGCGCCUGGUAUGGGUGGGGUAACUGGCUUGAGUGGUCUCAAUGCAAAUGUGCCCUUCAUGAACCACUCAAUUUUGAUGCCCCAGAACCAUGUCUCCUCCCUGUACCCACCCCAGUACACAGCUUUGUCCAGUAACACCCAAUAUUCGCUGGCUCAGGGGGGCGAGCAGCCGAACAAGAGGCUGAAAACUUCAUAAAGUGUGUGCAUGUGCGUACCGGCUGACGAGCAAGUCUCCCGCCUCUGUAUGUCUACUUCCUUAUACUCUCGCUCAGUGCCAGUGAGCGAGGAAGACAACAACGACCAGCAUCUAGUGGACUCUAGUCACGCCACUACUAACAUCUACCAGUGUCCUUACAGGCACAGCAUAACUUACUAACUGGCCUUUUAAGUUUGAUUUUUAGAUAAUUGACGUAGCACAUGUAUUUGUCAUUGUACUUUUCUUGUUACUGUACCUGUUUUAGAAGUUUUAGAUAUUAAUGAUUUUAGCUUUUAUGAAGUAUUUAAGACAUAAUAGUUGUCAUUUUAACAAGACUCCAAGUCUUUUUGCUUUUAAAUGACACAGCAGAGCAGACUUGCUGCAUGUCCGCUGGUAACCGGGGGAUGACGCCUGCAUGGUGCCCAGCUCUACACGGUGUUUGUGAUAUGUGAUGCACGGAGACCGCACUGCAUCCUCCCCCAGCGCUUCCCUUGUCUUCCCCCUCUAUAAUCCCACCUUCAGAUUCUCCUGGUAUUAUCUUGUGUCCUUGGAUGCCACUGCUGCUGCUGUCAGAGUUACGUGGGAGACGGUGAUGGUGAAACUAUAACCUGAUAGCAGCAGCAGUAGUAAUAGUAGCAGCAGAUUCAGGUCCUAGGAUAGAGAGGGGGCAGGCAGGGUUUGUGCCAGAGAAGAUUGUCAUAGUUUUGUGUCAGAAUAUUGUACAGUUCUUUAACCUAAGCCAUACCCACACCACGCCCAUGCUACGCCCACGUCACGCCCACCAACACACGUCCUGUGAUAGUCUCGCUUUGCAAAUGGUUAUUGCAAAUAAAUAUGCAUGUGCAAAAGACAUGGUAGGCGUAGCGGGCGGGUCUAGCUUUUUUGCAAGGGCGUAAGUGAGGUUGGUUGGGUGCCGCCAAGUGCCAUAGAGUGGUGCCGUCUCCGUGUACUCCCGCAGCAUUCCCAGUACUAUUGUAGCACUACUGUACCAUGCUCACGUCCCAACUUGAUGUGAUGGUAACUAGGUAUGGGUCAUGUUGAUGUACCUCUGUAAUGCUUCCUCUCUGUAGCCAGGGGCGCUCAGGCCCUGCUCGGGCUUAUUCAGUACACAUUGCUCUGUCAGGCAUCAGUUUUUGUUGGACUGCUCUCAUCUUUUUGUCUGUUAUGUAAUCCUAUGAUUCUGUUCAUCAUUAUUAUAUUUGCUAGCUUUUAGUGCUUUUCAACAUUGGUCUGGGUAUCAAGUAUAUGUACAAUUUGCCUGUGUAUUUCAGUCCUUUUACUGAUACAAAAUAUUGGCCUAUGUAUAAGAAUAUUUUUAAAAUAAUAAGUCUGUAGAAUGCAUGA